CUGGCCUCGUGAGCAAGCUCAUCUCUAGAACCCACGGCCAAGGCGGCUCUGCCGGUGUUCAUCGGAGGAGUCACCACAAUGGAGGACGAGUACCUCGACCCCGGGUUCUUCAUCAACUCCACAGAAAGCAGCCAGGAGCACGAGUGCUUCUUACGCUUCAGGAAGGUCUUCGUGCCCUGCGUGUACCUGGCGGUGUUCACCUGCGGCCUGAUAGGCAACUCCCUGGUGCUGGUCAUCUACAUCUUCUACCAGAAGCUGAAGAGCCUGACAGACGUGUUCCUGAUGAACCUGCCCUUGGCUGACCUGGUCUUCGUCUGCACUCUGCCCUUCUGGGCCUAUGCAGGCCUCCACGAGUGGGUCUUUGGCGAGCUCAUGUGCAGGACCCUGCUGGGCAUCUACGCCAUAAACUUCUACACGUCCAUGCUCACCCUCACCUGCAUCACCGUGGAUCGCUUCAUUGCAGUGGUUCAGGCCACCAAGGCCUACAACCAGCAGGCCGCGCGCAGAAGCUGGGGCAAGGCCAUCUGCACGCUCAUCUGGGUGGCCUCCCUCCUGGUUUCUCUGCCACAGAUCAUCUACGGCAGUGUCCUGCACCUCGACAAGCACGUCUGCGACUACCACGGCGAGGAGAUUUCCACCGUGAUUCUUGCCACCCAGAUGGCUCUGGGCUUCUUCCUGCCACUGCUCGCCAUGAUUGUCUGCUACUCGGUCAUUGUCAGGACCCUGCUUCGGGCUCGCGGCUUCCGGAAGCACAAGUCUCUCAAGAUCAUCUUCCUGGUAGUGGCCGUGUUCUUGCUGACCCAGACGCCGUUCAACCUGGUGAAGCUCAUCCGGAGCACGAGCUGGGAGUACCACGCCAUGACCAGCUUCAGUUACGUUGUCGUGGUGACGGAGGCCGUCGCGUACCUGAGGGCCUGCCUGAACCCUGUGCUCUACGCCUUUGUCGGCCUCAAGUUCCGCAAGAACUGCCUGAAACUUGUGAAGGACGCUGGCUGCCUCCCUUACCUGGGGGCCACAAGUCAAUCGAAGUCUUCUGAGGACAAUUCCAAGACGUGCUCUGCGUCCCACCACGCGGAGGCCACCAGCAUGUUCCAGCUGUAG